CAACUCCAUAAUUUCUGUACAUGUCUAUAAAGAAGCCAAUCAUUUCAUCAAUCGGAUCAUACGAUACUUUCUCUUGCAACAACACUUCCGAUUAUCAAAUCAGGUAAUCUUUAUAUUCUCUAAUCAUCAUGUCAACUGAGGAACUAUUACGGCCAGCAACAGCAGACGCGUCUUCUGUCGAAACAGGGGGAGUAUCAAAUAUCAUAGAUGGCUCCGAUGAUCUCGAAGCAGCUGUUCAGAUCCAAAGCAGCUUCAUAAGUUUGGCAGCAAGCUUAGGUAUGAGGAAGUUAUUGUUUUGGACUGUGUUUGUCGCUUCAAUCGUCAUACAUACAAGUAAACAAACGGUAGAUGAUAUCUCCGGCCAUGGCGGCACUUCAAAAACAACCAAGUAUACUCAAUAUUCAUCUUACACGUACCUCUUGUCAGUUCUUUGGAUAGUUUUUGUCUACACAUUUUUGGCAUGCUUAACUUCAUUCUUCUUUGGGAGGCUUGGAAAUAAGGCUUUUCUUCUCAAACUUCUAAAGUGGGAUGCUAUGAUGUUGACGCUUUUAGCUUCCGCUACGGGUACUGCUGGUGCUGUGUUGGUCAUUGCAAGUAAAGGAAAUCCACACGAUGAAUGGUCGAAAACAUGUAACGUUUUUGAUAAAUUUUGCCGUCACAUGUGGGCUUCAUUUGGGUUGUCAAUAUUCGCGUGCUCUCUAUUCGUAUGGAUUAUUGUUUACUCAGCCGGCGCCAUUCGAGCUCCUUGAUUAUUCAGAACCCUAAGAUAAAUGUUAAUCAUGUUCUCGAUUAUUUUAUCAAAAGGUCAUUGUAAAUUGCGUCUGUAAUUUACUUGCUGUCGUUAUGGGUUGUAUUUUCCGUCCGUCAUUGUUUGUGGAUAUUAUAGUAUUUCGGCUUGAAUAAAGUGUUAUGGAGAUUGUAACUAUUUCCUGUUGGGAUUAUAUGUUUUAAAAACAUUAUUAAUUUUC